GCGUGUGCUAGGGUUGUACGACUUGGGAGAUACGCGCUCGGAAAUACGACCGUAGCUAAGCUCUGUGAAGGCUGGGAACCUGUCUAUAUUGCUAUGGCUAGGGAGAUACGCGCUCGGAAAGACGGUGACUAUAACGUCGGGAUCCUGAGCCACUGAGACAUCCCCAACUGAGUCCAGAGCAAGUCAGCCACGCGACUGAGCUCCUCAACCUACGACUCAA